AUGUCAUCAAAGGAUGUGUCAACAAACAGUGACCGUAGACCAAAACCCAUUAACUCUAAGCAGGCAAUGAAAAUCAUCAAAAGCGGAGGUUCAAUUUUGGAAUAUCAAGAAAAGAGGAAUGAAAGAUUUAACGGUAUGAAUUCAAGUCCAAAACAGACACUUUAUGAUAGAGCAAUGAGUUGGUGUAUGGCUGAUUUAAGUAAUUAUACAUCUCAUUUUAUGCUAAUUCCAAUACCAUUUUGCCUUUUAUCAAAACAGUUGGUUUUAAGAAUCCCUCAAAAAGAUAAUCUUCAUUUAUGGUGGAAGAUAAAAGACACAAAAGCUGCAGGAGUUUCAUUAUAUAAAUAUACAAAUAAAAUUGGUAUAGAUUCUUUUCCUGAUAUUAAAUAUUUGCGCAAAGAAAGUAAUAUAUUCAAAUCUUAUGGAUGUAUGAAAAAGAAGGAAAAAAUACAAUUUAGGGAAAGAUAUGGUAAAUAUGGUCGUGAUAAAUACAAAAGCGAUUACGUAAGAAGUAAAAUGAAUGAUAACGGAGUGACUUCAAAAGAAUAUAAAUUAACAGUCAAAGGGUUAGAAGAAAUCGAAAAUCCUAUUAUAAUAUUUAUGAAUGCACUAGAUGGUAUUUUAAAUGCAUCGGAUUACAGGUAUAAAAAAGUCGAAGACAAUGUCAAAUAUGCUGUAGUUUUUUCAUUAUGCCUUGUUUUUAACUCAAUAGUUACAGAAAAUGAAUUUCCAAACCUUGAUGAUUUUGUUCGCCUUCUUGAAAUUGGAACAAAGUCUGAAUCUUGGUUGGAUAAAGAAUUUAUAAGUAGAUUAGUUGUCACUUUCAAGAUCGAUACAAGACCAUCUAUUAUGGGUUACAAGAAUUUAUCAGAUAAUAUGAACUAUAAUGGAUUACUUCUCCCCAUAUAUAUGUUAUCAUUGAUGACUGAGCCAUUAAAAUAUUUACUAUCAAAUAUAUGUGAAAAGGCAUUAAAUUUGCCAUCAAAUUGCGACAAUUGGGAAGAAAUUACCUAUGAAAAUUUAUGCAAAGAAAUUGAUUAUAAAAUUUUGCAUGAAAUCUGCAUUAAAUUUGUGCAACAACUUCUUGACACACCAGAAAUUAAAGAAGUCUGUCAAAAUGAAUUUGUGAAACUUUAA